UCUUGGCUCCGGAAGCCUCCAACUGUCCACCCUCUCUGGGCCAUGGCAAAGGCAGUCGGAAAAAGCAAAAAUGAAAGCCGAGAUAGGCUAGAGCUCAAGCCUUCUGUACACAACUUGAAAAAAACGAAGCAGACCAAACUCACAGUGGGCAGCCUGGGACUGGGCCUGAUCGUCAUCCAACAUGGGCCCUACCUCCAGAUUAUCCACCUCAUCAAGAAGGGGGCUGCAGCCCAGGACGGGAAAUUCCAACCAGGUGAUGUUCUGAUUAGUGUCGGUCAUGCCAAUGUGCUAGGUUAUACACUUCGGGAAUUGUUAAAGCUUUUGCAACACAUCAAUACAGUGCUACAAAUUAAGGUGUACCGAGAUUUUAUCGACAUACCCCAAGAAUGGCAAGAAAUAUAUGAUUUAAAUCCUGAGAUAAAACCCCCGGUAACAUUUAGCACACCAGACACUGAGCAGACAACAGAUGAUUCUGUUACCAGCAGUGAUGAUGAUGAAGAUGAAGUUUUAGGUCCACAGUCAACUGGACAACAGCCUGCAAGGAUGCCAGUAUCUACCUUGAGUGAAUGGCAUGAAUAUAAAAAUGAAAACCACACUAUUCAUGUUGGAAAAGGCAUUAAGAAAAUGAGAGCCCCUUCUCUGCAGUGGACAAUGGCAGAGCAAGACAGUGACAGCUCUUCUUCCUCGGCUUCCUCUACUUCAGAUGCAUUUUGGCCGGAAGACUAUGCCCAAGCUGAGAAGGGCAAAGGUCAACCAGUAUCUAAAGUUGGUUAG